AUGUCGAUGUCGAUGACAAUGGGGUUUUCUGCCCCAAUGAAGUUCAAGGCCAACGCUGCUAUGAAUUACCACGAACACCACCACCACGCGCUUGAUGCGUCGUAUGUAAAACGCGCCGCCGAGUUAUCAGACCUGUCUGCCGGUUUCACCUCGCCACAUCCUAACUUUGGUUGCGUGAUAGCAAAAAACAGCAGCGUGGGGAAUAAAGUUUUCGGAGAAGGAUACCUUUACGCUCAAGGGACAAAACCGGCGGAGGUCCAGGCGGUGGAGGCUGCCGGAGAGUACUGCAGAGGCGCCACUGCUUAUGUCAAUAUGGAACCUGGAGACUACAACAACGAUAACACCUCUUUAUCUGCUUUUAUUAAGGCUGGAAUUACUAGAGUUGUAAUUGGGAUCAGGCAUCCAUUGCAACAUCUUCGUGGAAAUGCUAUUCAAACAUUGAGAAGUGAAGGACUACAGGUUGAUGUUCUUGGGGAAGAUAUAAGAGGUGUCUCCAUGGAGCAGGAUGCUUUGAAAUCAUGUCUUGUUGUCAAUGCCCCUUUGUUAUAUAGAUCAGCGUUUCAAGUCCCAUUUUCUGUUUUAAAGUACGCAAUGACCCUUGAUGGAAAAAUUGCUACUAGUAGUGGACAUUCAUUAUGGAUAAGCAACAAAAAGUCAAGAUCACGAGUCUUUGAGUUACGUGGUAGAAGCGAUGCAGUUAUUGUAGGAGGAAAUACAGUACGCAAAGAUAGUAUGAAACUUCAAUUAUUGUCACCUAGUUAA